UUUUUUCCCGAUGUCGUUCUGAAAGCGGCCAAGGACCAGGUCACCGUGCAAAAUGGGGUUCAACAAUCGAGACAAAAGCGUCAGUUUGCUCCAUGGUGGCAGAGACAACAAUUUCCUCAGCGGCAGCCCCCUCAACCCCAACAACAAUUUCCUCAGCAAUUUGUCCAACCUCAACCACAACCAUCUGUAUCUUCACAGCAAUGUGUAACUUUGGAUGAAACGGUGGGUCGGGAUAAUGGACCUGAUAAUGCACUUUGGUACUUUCGGGAAGACAUUCAACUAAAUGCACAUCACUUUGUGUGGCAUUUGAUCUUCCCAACCUCGUCUGGACAACCCAUCUCCAGAAGAGGAGAAUUGUUUUACAUGGUUCACCAUGACCUACUCGCUCGAUAUUCAACUGAGAGACUAGCAAAUGGAUUAACUCCUGUGGAACCAGCUCCACUUUUCCUGGAUUGGAACUCUGUUUUAGCAGAAGGCUAUAACCCCCACUUAACCGAUGCAAUUUCCUCACAAUUUUGGGCACCGAGACCAGCAAAUGUUCAACUUAAUGCCAAUACCCUCAACCGAGAUGUAGGAACGCGCCUUCAAAACCUUGCUACAUAUCGCCAACGAAUUGUUGACUUGCUGACCACGGGAAGUGUAAAUGUCAAUGGACGAUUCGUCCCAUUAUCGAAUGCGGAUAACAUUAACAUUCUUGGUGAUAUGUUUGAAGCUUCGGUGUUUUCUAUAAAUCCGACAUAUUAUGGCCAACCGGGUCUUCAUAAUGAUGGACAUUUUGUUAUUGCAAGCAUCUUAGGAAAUUUUCCAGCGGGUUCACUUGGCGUAAUGGCACACAGCGCGACUGCGAUGCGUGACAUGAUAUUCUACAGAAUACACAAGGGCGUUGAUAAUCUAUUCUCAGCGUACAAAAAUACUUUCUUGCCUCCUUAUGUUCUCUCUACUGGCGACUACCCCCUCAUUUUUGAUGGAGUCCGAAUAAAUUCCGUCGCUGUUCAAUCGGCUGCUGCUCAAUCAUCUCCAAAUAGAUUGGGCACCUUUUGGAAUCGUCGUCAAUUUAACUUGCAAGGAGGUUUAGAUUUUAAUCCCAAUAACGUCAACGGGGCCCCGACCAUCAGUGUCUGUGCCAAACACUUGGACCAUGAGGAGUUCACAUAUCAAAUUCAAGUGGAUAAUAACCGAAAUCGAGUGACAAACGGAUUCGUCCGCAUUUUCAUGGCUCCUCGCUACAAGUCUUUGGCCUCUCAAGAACGUUACACUUUUAAUGAACAGAGGGGGCUUUUCUUUACAAUGGAUUCUUUCAUACAGCCUCUUCAACCUGGUGCAAACAUGAUUACCCGCAGGUCAAUUGAUUCAACCCUUACGGUUCCUUGGCAAUCAUCUGUUCAACAACUGCGACAAGAUGUUAUAAAUGGACGAACGGGAGCAGUCAAUUGUGAGUGUGGUUUUCCGCAUCAUCUUCUCCUCCCCAAAGGUACGGAGGAAGGAAUGGCUUUUGAUCUUUUCGUCAUGAUUACGAAUGCGGACACGGACUUUGUCCAAGGGACAAGCCAAUCUCAGUUUGGACAGUGUAUCCCUUCCCACAUUCACUGCGGCAUUCUUGGACAACCGUACCCAGAUGCAAAGCCUCUAGGAUACCCCUUUGAUAGACGACCUUUUAUCACUCAAGUGCAAACACAGGACGCCAAUGGAAAUCCUGUUGUAACGAACAUACCACCGUCAAAUUUAGAAAGCUAUGUAGCUGCCGUACCAAACAUGGGGACAUCUCAGGUAUUAUUAGUAUUCAUAGUACACAAUAGUAUGGUAAAGUAUAUAUAACGUCUUCAGUUAAUAAUUAUCAUGACUCUUAUUUAGGUUAUCAUCACUCAUCGAAAUAUUCAAAUUGUGCAGUAGCAAUAGACGAUGAAGCAGAAGCGGAUACAAAUAUAAAGGCGUACAUAAAACUCUUCACAUACAUAAAUCCCGUUUAAUAUUUUUCACUCACAUUGUUCAAAUUGACUAAAAUGCGAAUAAAUAUUAGAGAAUUAUGUACACAAUCACGAAA